AUGGCGAGGAAGCAGGUCACUGAAGCCCCGGGGGCCUCGAACGGAGCAACCAAGAAACGGUCCAGCGUCGACAGCGAUGAUCACGAUGCUAAGCGACCCCGGCUACAGGAGAGCACCGACAAGGCCCGUUGGCGUUUGAGGAGCGAAGGCGGCCGGCACACAUGGCAUUACCUCGAGGAUGACGAAGCCGCAAAGGAAUGGCCGCAAUCAUAUGCUGACAAGUACUACUUGGGAAUGCCUUUGGAGCUCCCUGAACUGCCCAAGGCGACGAACCCCCUCGAUGCGGUGCGAAAUGGUCUUACUUUCUUCGAAAAGCUCCAGCUUCCCGAGGGCCACUGGGGUUGUGAGUACGGCGGUCCCAUGUUCCUCCUCCCCGGUGUCGUCAUCGCCCGCUACGUCACCAAGAACCCCGUCCCAUGGUACUACGCCACCGAGAUCAAGAACUACCUAUUUGCACGAGCGAAUCCCGUCGACGGUGGAUGGGGGCUACACAUCGAAGGCGAGAGCACCAUGCUGGGAACGACGCUGAACUACACGACGUUGCGCCUCGUGGGCGUGGAGGCAGACCAUCCGGUCAUGGUGAAAGCGCGGGCAACAAUGCAUAAGAUGGGAGGUGCUAUUUGUGCGCCACACUGGGCCAAAUUCUGGCUCACGGUAUUGGGCAUCAUGAAAUGGGACAUCGUCAACCCUGUCCCGCCCGAACUGUGGCUUCUCCCCGACUGGGUGCCCAUUGCACCCUGGAGAUGGUGGAUUCACAUGCGCCAGGUCUUCCUGCCCAUGAGUUACCUAUGGUCCAAGAAGUGGCAGGCAGAGGAGACGGAUUUGAUUCGGGAGUUGCGCAAGGAGUUGUUCGUGGAGGACUGGGAUAAGAUCGACUGGGCUGGGAACCGCAACACCAUUCAUCCCAACGACAACUACCACCCGAAAACCGCCUUCCUCAACACCGUGAACUGGCUUCUCGUGAACAUCUGGAACCCCGUCUUCCGGGUCAAGUACUUGGUAGACAAGGCAGAGGCUUGGGCGUCGGAGCUCAUCGACAUGGAGGACGAAAACACUGAUUAUUCUGAUCUAGCCCCUGUCAACGCCGCGAUGAACACCGUUUGCUGUUACGUACGGGACGGACCUGGCGCGUAUUCGGUACGAAGGCACGUCGAAAGGCUGGAUGAGGUCCUAUGGGUCAACGCUGAGGGUAUGCUUUGCAAUGGCACAAACGGCGUGCAAUGUUGGGACACUGCCUUUGCAAUCCAGGCCAUCAUGGACGCUGGUUUGACCGAAGACCCACGCUGGAGGCCGAUGCUCAUCAAAUCGUUGGAGUUCCUCGAGGACCAGCAGAUCCGGGAGAACGUCAAGGAUCAGGACAAGUGCUAUCGCCAUCCCCGCAAGGGUGCUUGGGCGUUUAGCAACAAGGACCAAGGGUACGCAGUCAGCGAUUGCGUCUCCGAGGCUUUGAAGUCGGUCAUCAUCCUGCAAAAGACGCCGGGUUUUCCAACCCUGAUCGACGACCAGCGCAUUUUUGACGCUGUCGACACUAUGCUUACCUAUCAGAACCCAUCUGGUGCCUGCUCAUCCUACGAGACGCCUCGGGCCGGACAGUGGAUGGAGGUUUUGAAUGCCGCAGAAGUGUUUGGCAACAUUAUGGUUGAAUAUGAGUAUCCCGAAUGCACGACGGCCGUCCUCACAACGCUCUCGCUUUUCAAGAAACACUGGCCCAACCAUCGCACAGACGAGAUCGACAGCUUUAUUACCCGUGCUGUCAAGUGGAUCAAGAGCGAUCAGAAACCUCAUGGUGGCUGGUAUGGCAACUGGGGCAUCUGCUUUACGUAUGCCACCAUGUUUGCUUUGGAGAGCUUGGCUAGUGUCGGUGAAACGUAUGAGACCAGCAAAUAUGCCAAGAAGGGAUGUGACUUCCUCAUUUCCAAGCAGAGAGAGGACGGAGGGUGGUCUGAGAGUUACAAGGCAUGUGAAACGGGCGAGUACGUCGAGCAUCCAACUGGAUCUCAAGUAGUCAUGACCGCCUGGGCGCUCAUUGGGUUGAUCAAGGCCAAAUAUCCCAAUAUUGAACCUAUCAAGAUGGGCAUCAAGUUGAUUAUGGAUCGUCAACAACCCAACGGAGAGUGGCUGCAAGAGGCCAUUGAGGGUGUCUUCAACAAGAGUUGCAUGAUCUCGUACCCGAACUACAAGUUCGUCUUUCCGCUGAAGGCCAUGGGCCUGUUUGCCAAACGGUAUCCGGAUGAGAAGGUCGUUUGA